AUGUUCACUACUCUACUCUUAGUUUGUCUUUCUGCAUUCUCCGUUCACUGUCAGAACGCCUACGGUAACAUAUAUGGCUAUGACACUAGUAACACUGGAAACUCAAACAAUGGUCCUUUCUUGGUACAAAAUCCGAAUUAUCAAUUUUUGAACGAUCAACUUGCCAACGAAUACUCGCAAACCUAUCUAGAAGAGCUUAGAAAUUACGAGCAAUCUUCUGGAUCAUCAGCGAACGGAGGAAUUGUCACUAGCUCCUCUAGUGUUCCAGCUAAUGGUUACUACACCGGACCAGCACUAUCCAACGAUCAGCAAAAUCAAGUGAACUAUCAACAAAUUGUGCAAAGAAACCCAUCCAGCAGUGGAUCGUACUCGUCUAGUGGAAAUAUUUAUGGUUACAACUAUAACUCCGGCAGCAACGCGGGAAGAACAUCAGGGUCAACCCAGUACAAUAAUAAUGUGCAGUACUCAGCCCCCAGCACCGCUCAACCAUACGUGUAUCCAUUCGGACAGUACGCUCCAGCCGGCUCUUCCAGCUCGAACCCAGUGCUUCGUGAUCAGGCUUCCAACACAUUCAGCUCCACAGCUUCCCCAUACACUUCCACAUCUGUGACCAACAACCUUGGAACUGGUAACAUUCCGACCGGAAGAACAUAUACCCUUUUCGAUCAGCCACAAAAUUCUCAAGUAGGAUAUACCAGUGCUUCCGACCUGAAAACCACCAGACUUCGUGACCAGCCUCCACCAGCCACAUUGAACCUCCGCGGAACCGGACCACUCCCAGGACCAACUCUCAACGGUCAAAAUGCCAACACUCAAUUGUUCCGUGAUGCUGGAUCGAAUGAUAUUUACUAUGGCAAUGCUAACCGCAACGGACAGACAACCUACAGGUUCUCUAGCAGAUUUUUUGAUGUUGCUGGAAAUAACACUGAAAUGUAUUAUCCAUAUCGUACCUCUACUCAAUGGCAAACUGGAUCAUAUGGAACACCAUCCGGGACCAACGUCGGCUUAUCUGGAAAUGGUGUCCAAUUCGAUCAACGAGUAUCUUCUACCACAAUGAGCCCAAACGCGAGAUGCGCCCUUUCCGAUCCCUACUGGUGCCAAGAAUAUGUGCAAAUCUAUUUAAGUUCCCGUCAACAAUAUGAGGGAGUUUCCACACAGGCCGCAUGCCCAUCUCUGAUCGCAUCUCUUGCUGAAAGCUACAACGGUUGUUGCACUGCUGUUCGAGCUGCUGGAUGCCAAAUGUCAUAA